AGAUAAUUUCUGCAUUACUUAAAUGGAAAUAAAACAUUUGGUUCCAAGCCAAAAUACCAAUUACAUCACUGCAGUAAAAAUUAAAAUAGUUGUUACUUACAAAUUCUGUUCACAUGAAGAUACACAGGUUAAGAAAAAAGCAUUAUUGGUGAACCUCUCACAAAACCAAGAUGUCGUCGAAGAGAUCUCAUCAGCAAAAGAGGAACAGAAUGAGACAAAAGACUCCCUCAAUUCAAAUCACAUCAGUGAUAUGUGGAAUUCAGUGAAGCAGUGCAAAGUUUUAAAGAGAAGCGUCGACCAGAAGAGGCUGUAGUAAGGAAACCCUACUACAUUAUAUGAAUAAAUGCAGAAAGCAGACAUGUGCCUUUUUCGAAGCUUCUGGGACUUGGAAUUUCCUUGUCCAACCCUACCAAAUUUUGAGUUUGUUGGAGGACUCCACUGUAAACCUGCCAAAGUGCUAACUAAGGUAAUUUGGAGAUUUGAAGGCAAGAAACCAGAUACCUUAGGAGCCAACACGCGGUUACUGAAGUGGAUUACCCAGAAUGACCUACUUGGUCAUUCUAAAACUACAGCUUUUGUAACUCAUGGUGGAGCCAAUCGUGUUUUUGAGGCAAUCUACCAUGGAAUCCCUAUGGUGGGCAUUCCUCUGUUUGUGGAACAACAUGAUAACAUUGCUUACAUGGAGGCUAAAGGAGCAGCUAUUAAACUGGAUUUCCACACAAUUUCAACAGCAGAUUUGCUAAAUGCACUGAAGAAAAUCAUUAACAAACCUUCGUAAGUACAAACUUUUAAAAUCCUCCUCAUCAUUCUAAUCGAUAAUUCUUAUGUAACUUCCAAGAAAGUAGCAAUAAGAGUGAAUUAAAAGUAAUGGAAUACGAACUUUCUUAAUGAUUAAUCUAUCAUUACUAACCAAGGGGAGUGUAAGAAAUAAAAUGUUCAUCACUUUUAUUGGAUAAAAGCUUAAGCCAAGCAUUGGGCAAGGUGUAAAGUUUUGAAAUAGCCUGUAAAUGUAAUAAGAAGUAUAAUGAAAGUUAUCACAGAGGAAUGACAAUGAAAUGUGAAGAAACAUGAAUUUUAAGAGUUUACACCUGCCAUUUAGCUGUGAAUUCAAAAGAGAUAUAAGUCAUAAAAUGACACAAAAGUUUGUGCAGUGUUCCAAAAAUCAUUGUUUUACACUUUUCAUGACUAAGCUGUACAUGAAAUUUCAAUACUGGUUUUUUGUUAAACCUGUAAUCAUUACUAAGGUUACUCACAAAUGUUGGAUGAAACAUGGCAAGCAUUUGUGUUUUGUCUUUAAAUUAUAGUACUGAUUUUGACCUUUAGAAAAGAUUCAGAACCUCCAAAAAUAUUCAUUAUAUCAUUUCUAAAUAUUUCUGAACUUGUUUAAUUUUCCUUGAGCUAUAAACACAAUACUAUGAGCUUAUCAAGUAAUGCGCAUGAUCAACCAAUGAGGCUACUGGACAGAGCAGUCUUCUGGAUCGAGUUUGUCAUGCACCACAAGGGAGCCAAACACUUGAAGUCUCUUGCCCAGAACCUCACCUGGUGUCAUUCUAAAACUACAGCUUUUGUAACUCAUGGUGGAGCCAAUCGUGUUUUUGAGGCAAUCUACCAUGGAAUCCCUAUGGUGGGCAUUCCCCUGUUUGUGGAACAACAUGAUAACAUUGCUUACAUGGAGGCUAAAGGAGCAGCUAUUAAACUGGAUUUCCACACAAUUUCAACAGCAGAUUUGCUAAAUGCACUGAAGAAAAUCAUUAACAAACCUUCCUAUAAACACAAUACUAUGAGCUUAUCAAGUAAUGCGCAUGAUCAACCAAUGAGGCCACUGGACAGAGCAGUCUUCUGGAUCGAGUUUGUCAUGCACCACAAGGGGGCCAAACACUUGAAGUCUCUUGCCCAGAACCUCACCUGGUGUGAGUACCACUCUCUGGAUGUGAUUGGCUUCCUCCUGGCUUGCACUGCAUCCAUUACUUUCUUUGUCAUAAAGUGUUGUUUGUUUUGUUUUCAAAAGUUUGUCAAGAAAAGAGAGAAAAAAAAGAGAGAGUAGAGCUUUUCAGAUGCCUGGCUUUACAAGUGAGAAAAUUUUAUCUAACUCUAUUGCCAUGGAUAGAGUCAUUAAGAGAUGAUCAUCCAUGUUUGUACCAUCUUUGCUUUGGUGACUUACACAUACAUUGCAAUCCUGUUCAAUGAGUCUACAACUCAAAUUUCAGUGUUCUAUUAACUAUUGUAAUUUAAUUUUCACAUGUAUUUCAUUAUGAACUUUAAAAGAAUGAGAGUCACUGAAAACACAAUAUAUUGACUUUUGAAAGGCAGGAAGCUGGAAAACUGUCGUAUUUUCAGAUACAUUUUCAGUUUCAAUAAAAUGAAAUGCGCUGGAAAUUUUUGUGUGUGGAAAAAAACAGAGGCAGGUAAUACUUAAUGAUAAGAAGAGAAAUGAAAUAUAUAAUUAAAAUAGAGGAGAGAAUUCAACUUACUAAACAAAUAUGAGUAUUACUCUCUUGGAACAAAAAUGAAAAUUUGUUGAAGUGAAGUAUGGAAGCCACAGGGACGCAGGACACUGUAGGAAAAUGGAAAAUUUAUGUUGGGAGGAAAUAGAAUAAUUCAGAAAAUGGCUUCACAUGAGAGGUUAAUGAAAGUACAUUGUGAAUUCUGGGAGAAUCACAUUUAUAUGAGCAAAUAUAUAAGAAGAAGGUUAGGAUAAGCUUUAGAGACAUAAACAAUGACUUACGGAAGAUAGAAGAUGUAAUGAAUUUAGCCACUUUCACAGCACAUUGUUAAUGCAAGUAUUUAAUUUCAUGGGAGUUUUAUCAGAGCACAUCAUUUGAGAAAUAUGAAAAAUAUACUACAAAAUUUCAAACAUUUUUAAAAUUUUGUUUGUUGUAAAUGGAUCCCUUCCUCAAUCCUUGUAACCCAAUGAUAGAUUUAAUUUGAAUAAUGAAAGUGUCUUUUACUUGUGGACUGGAAUGUUCUCCAGCUAUUAUUUUUGUGUUACCAAAUAAUCAGAAAUAAUUGAAAAAACAAGGCAAAACAGGAAAGGAGUAUCAGCUGAGGUUCUGAGAGUUUGCAUCUUUACCAGUAGAAUAUAAUAUUAGAUUUUCUUUCUCUGCCUAGUGGAUCUCUACCUCUUAACCUUGUUUUCUAAUCCAAUAUUUCUACAAUCUCAAAAUUGUAGAUACAAUCUAUCCUCUCAAGAUUGUAGAAUAUUGAAGACAUGAAAACCAGAAAUAUAUAUUACUUUUGUAUGCAUUUCUUUCUCAAAACACACAUUAAAAAACUGAAGAUGAAACGAAGAGUGAAAGUAUUCUGUGUAGCCAUUUGUAAAGCCUAUGCUUUAAAGAGCAAUAAUGCAAAAACAUUCUCCAUAUCUUGUCUUUCCGUAACUACAGUAAUCACGUGUAUGCUGCUCAAUGCAGCCCACAGAAGGAAAGAAAGGGAGGACCAGUACUCUUGGUACAAAGAUGUUUAUAAACAGCUGUUUGGCACAGAAAUAUAAUUAAUAUUUGGAAACAUAGUAAAUACCUAUCUAUAUAAAUAAAUUUCAAAUGAUUUUCAGCCAAUAUAUUUUGCUAGCAAUGUAAAUAAGAGAAAUGAUAAUUAUUUUCUUUUGUUA